AUGUCCUGUAAUUACGCGGAAGGUCUUUCCGAAUAUGAAGAUAAAGGAGUUUUAGGUGUACCUGAGAAAUUUGAUUCCGAAGAUGAAGUGCAAGAAAAAUCCCUUCUACUAGCCAAAUGGAUUGGAGAGGCCAGUCAUGUAGUAGUUCACACUGGAGCCGGUAUUAGCACAUCAGCAGGAAUUCCAGAUUUCAGGGGACCAAAUGGAGUAUGGACCCUAGAAAAGGCAGGUAAAAAGCCAGAAAUCAAUGUUUCAUUUAACGAAGCAAUACCAACAAAGACACACUUUGCCUUAAAGCAUUUAGUUGAAAAACAAUAUGUUCAUUACAUAGUAAGCCAAAAUAUUGAUGGGUUGCAUUUGAAAACUGGCCUGCCAAGAACCUAUCUAGCUGAACUACAUGGAAAUAUGUUUAUAGGACAAUGUGAUACUUGUGAUAGUCAAUUUGUAAGAACCACUGCCACUAGUACUGUAGGUCAAAAAUAUUUGGGCGAAUAUUGCAAAAGAGAUGUUAGAGGGCGCAGCUGUAGAGGUCAAUUAAAAGACACUAUUUUAGAUUGGGAAGCAGGUUUGCCAGAAAAUGAUUUGGAAAUGGCCGACUAUCAAUCUAGCUUAGCUGAUAUCAACAUAUGCUUAGGUACAACUUUACAGAUAGUACCGAGUGGGAAUUUGCCUUUAAGAUGCAAAAAAUUCGGAGGAAAAUUAGUUAUAGUUAAUUUGCAGCCCACAAAGCAUGAUAAAAAGGCUGAUCUCAUCAUUAACACUUACGUAGACACUGUUCUAGAAAAGCUAAUGAAACAUUUAUAUUUGGAAAUACCAGAAUACUCGAGAAGUUUGGACCCAACUAAAAAUCAAUUACCAAUAUCUGUUGUCUGGUGGAAUAUUUCUAAAGAACAACUCAAAAAAUAUAAAAAACUAUAUGAAACAAAACAGAAAGAGUAUAGGGAAAAGAAAAAAAUAGAACCAAAAUUCAAUGGGCCGAAAAGAAAAGUCAAAAUUAAAAAGGAUGAAAUGAAAGACGGGGAUAGUUUGAUAAUCGACUUAACUGAUGAGAUUGAGCCAAAAAGAAAUAGAAUAAAUGAAGAAUGUCAAAUAGACAAAUUGGAAGAUACCAAGCAACUUGAGAGAAUAGGGAAUACAAUAAUAAGACGAGUUUCCAAUUGUGUAGAUCUUACAUUGACCGAUACUGAUGAUGAGUUUGUAGAAUAG